AUGAAGGAAAUAGACGAACGCAGUGAUGAGAUGCAAAGUCACAUUGAGUCAUUGGUGACCAUAAUAAAGGCGGCAGAAGUACGCCGUGAGCAGCUAUGCGAUAAAAUGGUUUCACUGGCGAAGUCCGCGAAGGAGGCAAGAAAACGCCGUAUGAAAUUACGGAGAGAGAUAUACUCAUUAGAGAAAUUGAUUCGGGAGAAUACGUACAGGGCGAAUCUGGAAGAGGUGGAAUGCUGUAUAGAAUAUGUGAAUUCCAUCAACGAGAACAUGGCUGUCACUGAAGGAGGAAACGAGAACUCUAUCGAACUUCAAAAGACCAAGAGCAGGAUUCCUGUGAAGUCAGCCCCAAGCGUACUGCAGUCCAAGGUGAAAAGUUUCAGCAAUAUCAGUCACAAGCCUUGUGGGGGAAAUGUUAGGAUAGUACACCGGAAGUUCGACUAUAGCAACGUGCAGGCCAAGGUCAACACAUGGAGGAAUACGGCAUAA